UUUUAGCUUUUCGUCCAUUAGUCGGGAUGACAGGUUUAUUGGAGCGCGGUGUGUAAUACAAAGUGGCAAACAGACAAAGAGAAAAGGCUUUCAGUAGCUACGAUGGUUUGGGCCUAAACAAGACCUGAGCAACAUGAACCGUGAAGACCGGAAUGUGCUCCGUAUGAAAGAACGUGAAAGGAGAAAUCAAGAAAUCCAGCAGGGAGGAGAGGCUUUUCCAGCCAGCUCCCCCCUUUUUCCUGAACCUUAUAAAGUUUCCAGCAAGGAAGACAAACUCUCAAGUCGCAUCCAGAGCAUGCUAGGAAACUACGACGAAAUGAAAGAAACGAUUGGUGAAGCUCCCUUGUCUAAGCUCAUGCCCAAAGCCUCAAGCUCCUCCUCCUCAGAGGAGAAAUCAAUGUACACUGACCAGCGUGGUGGAGGUAGCCAGAAUCAGAGCAACAAAUGGACUCCUAUUGGCUCAUCCGCUGGAACCUCUGCCUCAUCUUUAUCGAAAUCCCAGAACCGCUCGAGCUCUGGCAACCCGAGCAGUCACAGCAGUAGCCAGCGCUCCGGCUCCAAUAGCCAGCGGCACGAGCGGGAAUUCAGUAGCAAGAAAUCGAGCAAACAUGAGCACAAGGGCUCCAUGAACUCAAGCAACCACUCCCGCUCGCUAACCGCCGACCAACACAGCAAGGAGCGAUACCGCUCCAAAUCACCCAGAGACCGUGAGGCUAACUGGGACUCGCCGUCCAGGGUGCACUCGUCCUCCUCUUCUUCUUCCACUACUUUUCCCAGCGGGCAGCACUCGGGCCAGGCAUUCCCACCCUCGCUCAUGUCCAAACCCGGCUCCAUGCUGCAGAAGCCCACAGCCUACGUCAGGCCCAUGGAUGGCCAGGAGACAGCCGAGCCCAAGACCUGUUCUUCUUCAUCCUCCUCCUCUUCAGAGUCCUACGGGGGCCAGGUGCAUGGUAGCAGCGUGGGGGAAAUGAAGGCCAACAGCAAAGCGGUGCUCGCCAAGCUUAAGAUCCCAGCACCAGUAGAGGGAUCUAUGCCGGGAGACGUGAGCUGCGUUGAUGCGAUUUUAAAGGAAAUGACUCAAUCCUGGCCUCCACCACUCACAGCCAUUCAUACUCCCUGCAAGACUGAGCCUUCGAAAUUUCCCUUUCCCACUAAGGAUGCCUCGCUUACGAGUUUCGGAGGACUAAAAAAAUCCAUCUCAGGGAAGGGCUCAUCUGCCAGUCAGCAGGCCAAAUCAUGUGAUGGAGACCAGUCCAACACGCUGCAUGACGAUCUGAAACUCAGCAGCAGUGAAGACAGUGACACGGAACAGGACUCCACCAAAAGAAACAACGUAGCAAGUAAUAACAGUAAUAAUAACGGAGAAGUAGCAGAGAGGGAGGACUCAAGUAGUCACAGUGGCUCAGAAAGCAGCUCUGGAUCCGAGAGUGAGAGCGAAAGCAGCUCUACAGACAGCGAGACCAACGAGCCACCCCGUGCGGCCUCGCCCGAGCGUGAACAGCCUUUGGCCAACAAGUGGCAGCUGGACAACUGGCUUCCCAAAAUGGAGGACCGGGACACCAGCGCUGCCCGAGGCUACAGCGGCAGUCAGGGUCCCAAAGACUCCGCCUCCACACCAGGACGGGAUCAGCGAGCCAACCAGAAGAGCUCAGAGAACAGCCGAGGGCGGCAGAAAUCACCCGCGCAAAGCGCCGAAGGAGGCACCGGUACCACUCAACGGCGCUCUACGGGCAAAAAGGCGCCCAAGAAGGCAGAAAAGCCCGUCGUAGCAGAGGAACAAAAAGCCAGCCUGAAGGUAGAGAGCGAGACUCGACCCGAGACACCCCAGCACCGCGCAAGAGCACCCAACAAGGGCCCACGCAAACCUGCCGCCAAGAAAGAGCCCAAAAAGGAGGCUCGGGCCCCUCCAGAUAAGCGCAAAUCCAAAACACAGCCGGCCAGGACGACUCAGAAGUCACGAGAGUUUGUGGAAACGGAACCGUCGUCAUCGUCAGACUCGGAGGAGGAGGAAGAAGAGAGCGCGCCAUCUUCAUCACAUACUCCGAAAUACCCUACCAGUGUUUUUUCUCCCAUGGAGGAGAAGAAUCUUCUCUCGCCGCUUUUCGAGCCGGAGGAGAAACCACCCAUACCCAGACAGCUGCUCGUGACCAUUGACCUCAACCUGCUGAGCCGAGUGCCUGGCAGGGUUUUUAAAGAUGUAGAGAUAAAGGUGGAAAGAGACUCACCUGGUGAGGGGAAGGACACUCAGAAGCAGCCUGCAGAAAAGGGAGUCAGUAAGGGCAAAAGGAAGCAUAAGAAUGAGGACAAUCUCAAACCAGAUAACAAGAAAUCUAGGCUGGAGGAGAAGUCAUCGCACCAUAAGCCGAAUAAGGAGUCGUCAAAGCGGAUAGAGAAGGAGAAGGAACCUGUGCCAUCUCCCUCCAUGACCCUCCAGUGCACGCCCAAGUCUGAGAACCAAGGCCGUAAACGUACUGCCAGCCAGUCAUCCAGUUCACUGCCGAGCAGUGCCAGCAGCAAAGAGGCCCCGAAGAGCAGCUCCGGCUCCAAGCACCGCAAGGGUGAUGACAAACAGAGCCGCAGCAAGGACACCAAGGAGAAGAGCUCCAAGAGUGAGAAUCAGCUGGCGGUUCCCCCCCUUACCUCAGACGGUUCCAAGAGGUCCAAACUGCUCUUUGAGGACAGGGUUCACUCUGCUGACCAUUACCUUCAAGAAGCCAAGAAGCUGAAACACAAUGCGGACGCUCUGGUGGACAGAUUUGAAAAGGCUGUAUAUUACCUGGACGCUGUGGUCUCCUUUAUCGAGUGUGGCAACGCAUUGGAGAAAAGUGCACAGGAAGCCAAAUCCCCUUUCCCUAUGUAUGCUGAAACUGUGGAACUCAUUAAGUACACUAUGAAAUUAAAGAACUACAUGGCACCAGAUGCUACGUCGGCUGAUAAAAGGCUGACAGUGCUGUGCCUGAGAUGCCAGUCUCUCCUCUACCUGAGGCUCUUCAAACUGAGGAAGGAAAGUGCGCUGAAGUACUCAAAGACUCUUACUGAACAUUUAAAGAAUUCACUAAGUAACACUCAAGCUCCGUCUCCUGGAAUGGCAAACAAAGCAGCAGGCAUGCCAUCCCCGGUGUCUCCCAAGGUGUCCCCUGGCAACACAGGCAACUAUUCCUCCAGUAGCUCCUCGAGCCAGAGUGGCAGCUCCUCCGUCACUAUUCCCCAGCGCAUCCACCAGAUGGCGGCCAGCUACGUUCAGGUCACAUCCAACUUUCUCUAUGCCACCGAUGUGUGGGAGCAAGCCGAGCAGCUGGCCAAGGAACAGAAAGAGUUCUUCACUGAGCUGGAUAAGGUGAUGGGCCCACUGAUUUUUAACACCAGCAGCAUGACAGAACUGGUACGCUACACACGGCAGGGUCUGCACUGGCUGCGGCUCGAUGCCAAGCUCCUUUCAUAAAAAAGACUUCCUUCCUCCUGUCUUCACAUCGCUGGCCAGGUUGUCCAUACAGCCGCCCACCACACUCCCCGAACUUAAUCUGCCUCAGACAUCUCUGACACUGUGUCCAUUUUCAACACCAGCUUGCCAAAAAAACUAUCAUAGCUACACUGAGCAGUUUUGGAUUACCUUGCCUCAGCUUCUUUCUGGCUUUUAGUAACGGAAUAUUCAUUAGCGGGGAACUACUCGAUUAAUUUGUCAACGGCGACAUCUUUUCCACAUCAUUGGAUCAUCUUGGACUGGGGAAAAAUAAUACAGAAGCCAUGUUUUAUGUUUCUGACUUUGGUUUAUUUAUUUUAUUAUUAUUAUUGUUUUUUUUUACUCUUACAGCUGUGAAUGAGAGAAAGCAACACUUUGUAGGGUGUUUUUAAACCAACGUACCUCCCUUUAACCAAAGGUGCUUUAAAACUAAGGGUUAGUCCUUUUUUGUGCCUUGUAUAUGAUAUACAGGAAAUACCGAGGUUUCAGACGCACAUUCAUGCACAUGGGUUGGUCCUGGAACAAAGCGAAUUGUGAGCUUGAAGGCAUGUGCCGUUGGGCAAGGUUGUGGAAUGCUAAUAGAAUUAGAUGUAAUCCAUAAAGAAAGCAUUCCAUGCGAUGCACAGAAACCAGCGUGCAUCAUAGCGUCAAAAUAUGAUUUUUUUUUUUUCCAUCAGUGCUGAGCCAGUCUCAGGUUAACGUGGCCAUACAAGGCAGGAACAAAGUUCUCAAAAUGUGAAGGUAUCCCUGCAACAAAGUCUCUUUAUAUAUCAGUUUAAAAAAAAAGGCAUGGUUAGUUUCACAAAAGAGAUCUUUUACAAAAGGGACUUUUGUGAAAAUUUGGUUGAUGCAUUUCUAAGAAUUUGUUUCUUAUACCACCAAUCACUUGGAUUCAAUUAGAUUGGCACCAAAUAUUACCAGUCAACUAACUUUGUCAAAACAGUAAAAUAAUUUUAAAACAGCUGACUUUUACAUGUUUUAUAUCAAUUAUGUUUUAAUAGCAUUGAAGUUGUUUAUAAACAAAACACAAAAUUAUAGGGACAGUGGGUACAGCUCUGGUUUAUCAAUCUAAAGGUUGUAUAUUUGAAAAUCUUCUCUGCCAACCAGCCACUGUUGAGCAAAGCCUUAAACCCUUUCAGAUUCAGUAGAACUUAUUUAAAAGCUGGCAAAGCUGACACGAUUGGCCAUGUCUGGGAAGGGUAGUUUGUAUCAAACAUCACAGUCUUGACACUGCAACAGCGGCUUCUAUUGUUAUAGAAUGUCACAGCAUAUGGGAAGCAUAGUGCGUUAUCUUGUUACCUGUGUAGGUGUUUGUGCACUUACAUUGGUCUGUUGAAUGAUAUAGUUGGCGACUGCAUACAUACAGAGCUUAGGUGGUGCAGCGGUCUAAUAAGCAAGCUCACUGCUGCUGAGAUCCGGGGUUCAAUCGGCUGUUCAGGCAUCUACACAGACAUGAUUGGCUAUGUUUGGGAAAAGCUGCUAUGGAUUUUACAAGAAUAACUAAUAAUCAGCAUGAUUUAUGAAAAACACUGUUAGGUUCUAAAACAGUAGUAGGUUCUAUACAAACUCCAGCAUAGAACAUUGUGGUAAACAACACUGUUAAGGGUUUGAGCAACAAAAAUAAAGGAUUGGAAACUUGACAGAGCUUGGGUGGCUCAGCUCACCACCACCACAUGAUUGGCUACGUUCGGAAUAAGCUUCUAUGGAUUGACACUCUGUUUAGGGUAUUCCUACCUUGUGCCCAGAGUUUCCCAGUGGAACCGCACCUGCCACAACCCUGACCAGGAUAAAGCGGUAGACAAAAAUUGACAGUUAUUUGCAGUUAUAAAAUAAAAUCGAAUUGAAUUGAAAGUGGUCCAUUUAAAAUCAGAUACAUUUGUUGUUGAAUUGAUUCAUAAGGAGUGUGCUGAACAAACCUGGGAAAUAUUUGGUGCUGUUUUUUAAUCCAAGUGAUGCAAAGGAUCCGAGAUAAAUAAGCAACACCCAUUAUCCACUUUCAGAAAUGCAUUCAUGAUUUCCCCCAUCAUUAUUUUUGCUUAAUUAUUGUAUUUUAACAAUCUAUUUCCUGAGGGGUACGUUAAAACCAAGCAUUCAUACUUUUUGCCCCUUUUUGAGUUCUUGUUCCUGCAAAUUUUUGUAGGGUUUUCAGAAUCUGAACAUUUCAGCAGUGCUGGUUUUGGACCCGAAGGAUUGAAAGCAUCGAGAGACCGGUCGUUGUUUUGAAAUCAUAGAAUUGAUAUAAGCUGUAAAGUCUGAUAUAAACUCAACCUACGAAGCCUAUGCUGGCAUUUAGCCUCUAGCUUUUCUGUGUAGCUUUUCUCUUUUUAGGCAUAAGUAUUUUAUUUUAUUUUUACUGCCGCUUUAGUACUUCAUUCUAGAGAUUUUUUUCAGAUAAGGUUGCGUUUCCACGCACCGCGUUUUCUCUCGAGUACAGGGUUGUAAUAUGGGAUGUAUUUCUAUUGUAUAUGAAGUUGUCAUAUUUAAAUAUUUAAUAUCAAAUCAUGCAGUUCCCUUUAUAGCAACUUAGUCAUUUUUGAACUACAAAUUAUUUAACCGGAAUCAUCUAAAGAUAUAUUUAUGAUACAUGCUAAUAUUUAUGGCGUACUAUACACAGUUUAUUGGUUAUUACGUUGUUUGUUUUUUGGAAACACGGCCAGAAAUUGCAGAUAGUUUUACAUGUCAAAGUGUGUUCUUCUGUAGCUGGAUUGGCAUUUUUCUUCAUCCUGUUGCUCUAAGUCAGUCUGAAAGUAUGUAGGCUAAAAUACUUAAUGGUACAAGAGGAUUAGUAACUAUGAAGGUUUAGUUUCAGUCGAAGGUUUAGUCCACAGUGUAUUAAAUGCUGGAAAUCUACCAUCUUUUGCACUAUAAACCUCUUUUAGUUCGGCUCCCUGUUUUCUCUGUAGGGACAAACUGUUAUUUCUUCUUACACUCAUUCAGAGAAUUAGUCUAUGCAGGCCUUUUUAUUUUAAAGGAAGUGUUACAUGUCGACUUUCACCUUUAAGUUUGGUUUAUCUUGUUAUAUUUAAAGAACAAUCCACCCUAAGGUUUUCUAUUUGCCUCAGUUUAUCGUCCCGAAAUCACAACUGUAAGCCUAUUGACACACAGCCGUCUGGAACUGGAAGUCCUAGAAAGCAUAAGUACAGAUGGUGACGAUUGGUGCUUUUCUGUAUAUUCUGUUUCAGCAGGGUCAUUGCCAUCUGCGCCUGGAAUUCCUGUGAAGCAUAAUGGGCGAGCUGACAUUUCAAACUCAUCUGUUCGAAACUCAGCUCUGCCAUCCUGCAGGCUGGGCGCCUACACGAACAAUGAUUGGCUGUCGUUCAAAGAGGGGUGCAAGAAUGGGAUUUGAUGCAAUUACGAUCUCUGCUGGCUGAUCGAUGGCGCCUGCACUUGGGCGCCUUUGUGACUCCGUACACAAAGCUGAUUCGCAUAUGAACUCUCCUCAUGCAGGUGAAAAGAUGCAGUUGGCUACUGCACACGUGUUAGUCACGGGUCUCCUCAGUCAGCGUGGAGAUCAACGUCAGUAAAGAGGAAGCGUCAUGCAAUCGGGUGAUUGGAUACGACUAGAUUGGGAGGAAAAUUGGUGGGAAAAAAGUAUAGUGGGCUUUGUCUACUAGCUGUAAAAGAUGGAUUUCUUGUCAUAUUUAUAGGUCGAGAUUUAUCAAUCACUGAUCAACUAGGCAUGUGUGAACAUGGUAGUGCUCACCCUUUACAUUAGAAGCUGUUGUGCCACGGUGCACUCAAAGCAAGUGUCGCAAAUACUAAAAUAGUAGUCCUUGUUUGGAGUUAAAUGGCCAGAAGAAUCAGAUUUCGUAAUGUUUUAGGGGCUGAUAGUCAUGUAGCACAUUUUGCUUUGUUUUAAUUAUUAACAAUGAGGCAAAUAGAAGCAUGACCAAGACCUUUGGGUGGAAUUACUCAGUUGUAUUUUAUUUUAUUAUUGUUUUUUAAUUUUAUUUCACUUAGAGAUUCUGGACCUGAGCCGACUGAUCACAUACGAGCAGGGUUUUCAUACUUGCAUAUUGAACUUAUGCACUACAUAAUUUUAGGUUCUUGUAUUCCUACAUGCAGAACUAUCCACUUUACUGACUUCUAGUUUUUCCUAUUUUUAGAUAUUUUUUCCCAUAUUGCUUUUAGAUGAGUUUCCAGAUUGUAACUAUAAACCAGGGUAACUUUUGACAUACAAAACCAGAACACUUGCAUGUUUCUAUUUAAAUGCUACACUGUAUAAAUGUAUAUAGGAUGUCUGUUUUAGGGUAAUUUUUAUCAGUUUAACCUUUAUAUGAAGUUGUAAAUAAAUGUGUAUAUUAGACAUUUUGAUUGCUUCCUUCUUGACAUGUUGGACUAAACACUGUAUAUUUGGUUUAGUUUUAUCACCACUUUAAUAACUGUAAUGUUCUCUUUUCUACAUGCAGUGCUGUUUUAUCAUUGCGAUCGUUCCAAGUGCUUAGUACGUUUUGUUUUUGUAACAGUGUCAUUCAGUUGAUACUGUGGGUCUGUUCUGAACCAUUCUAAUCUAAAUCGUUGGAAGCGGACCCUGUGGGAUACGUACGACCCUUUAGGACCUCUGUAGCUCACGUGAUCUCUUUUGUACAUUCACCUGUUCUCACUGUGUAUAUGUUGUGCUUAUUUUAGAAUGUACGAAGUACAGAUCUCUGCACACGCAGUUCACUAUAGUUCAGAUCAGUUUAAAGUAUUAAGAAUUAAAGAUUAAAAAGAGACAUUUUACAUAUAAAUAAUGAUGCAAUAUGGUUUUAAGGUAUUCUCCUGAGCCUCGAAUGAUCCUAAAUCGUAAUUUAAACCAUUUUGUGAAGUGAGUAUUACUGGAUACUAAUGGAUUUUCUGAGUCUGUUGCAAAUAUUCUUUGUAUUUUGCUGUAUUGAGAAUAAAAUAUAUAUGAUUAUUGAA